AGACGUCAAGCCACCAUGAGUUCUCUCAGUGAAGCAAACAUCCACUUUGCAAUUGAUCUGUUUCAACAGAUCAGACAAUCAAAGAAGGAAAAUAUCUUCUAUUCCCCUUUCAGUAUGACAUCAGCCUUAGCCAUGACUUCCUUAGGGGCCCAAGGACAGACGGCAUCAGAAAUUGAGAAGGUCCUUCACUUUAAUGAAAUCACCGAGAACACAAAUGGAGGAGGCUCAAGAGAUCCUGUUGAAAAGCUAGAAAAUGUUCAUCAUCAAUUUCAAAACCUUCUGACUGAGAUAAAGAAACCCAGUGAUGCCUACGAGCUAAAGGUUGCCAACAGGCUCUAUGGAGAAAAGAGCAUUGUGUUUCUUCAGGAAUACAUAGAUAAUGUUAAGAAAUUUUACCUGGCCAGUGUGGAAUCCGCUGAUUUUGUCCAUGCUGCAGAAGAAAGUCGAAAUAUGAUUAAUUCCUGGGUGGAAAGUCAAACCAAUGAAAAAGUCAAGGAUCUAUUUCCCAAAGACUCUUUUAGUACCGACACCAUUCUGGUUCUGGUGAACGCCAUGUAUUUCAAAGGACAGUGGCUCCAGGAGUUCAAGAAAGAAAAUACUGUGGAGGAAAAAUUUUGGCUGAACAAGGAUACAAGCAAAUCCGUGCAGAUGAUGAAACAAACCAAUCUUUUCAAUUUCACCUCACUGGAGGACAUGCACGUCAGGAUCCUGGAAAUACCAUACAAAGGCAAAGAGCUAAGCAUGGUGGUGCUGCUGCCCGAUGAAGUGGAUGGUCUGCAGAAGGUUGAAGAUCAGCUCACUGCUGAGAAGUUAAUAGAGUGGACGAGCCCACAGAAUAUGAGGGAGGGACUAGUGGAUUUACACCUACCUCGGUUCAGAGUGGAAGAGAGCUAUGACCUCAAUGACCCGCUGAAAGCCCUGGGGAUGGUGGCCGCCUUCAGUGACCGGGAUGCCGACUUCUCAGGCAUGACAGAGAUAAGAGGUCUGGUGGUGUCGAAAGUCGUCCACAAGUCUGUUGUGGAGGUGAAUGAGGAGGGCACAGAGGCCACAGGUGCUACAGGCAUAGAAAUUAUUACAAGAUCAGGACGAAUUCCAGACACUUUCCACUGUGACCACCCUUUCCUGUUCUUCAUCAAGCACAACAAGACCAACACCAUCCUCUUCUACGGCAGAGUCUCUUCCCCUGAGAUGUGAUUAGCCGGCGGCUACACUCAGGGACAUUCCCAGAGUUGUUCCUGAGCACUGUUUGCUGGAAGUAACAGCUGCUCUUUCAUUCAUUCUCCUUUCCAACCUUAUAGUCACCACUAAGAAUGUGUUGGUUGAAAUACCAUGCCUGUCUCUCUCUUUCUACAAACACAAGUAAACCUACUCUAUUUCGCCAUGAUAACUCCCAUUUGGACAAAAUGUUCAAGAUAUGAUAAAAAGAUAUUUCAACACUCUAUCUUCACCUAAAUUUGAAAUAACAUAGCUGCUGUUUCAAAAAUCAUAUCUACUAUUCAAACCUGCUCACCUAGACACCCAUAUUUAUUUGAAUUUAAGUGAUAUGUGGGACUCUUACCUGCCGAAAAUUUCUGGUUUUAUGAAAUACAUAAUCAAUAAAACAGUGGUUAUUC